AGACCCGAGCCCACUGGGUGAAGUUGGCGCUGCACUCCCGGGGCUACCCGAGGCUGGCGCUGGCACAGAUUCCCGAGGACGGCUCGCAGGGCAGCCGGGAGCUGCUGCUGGCCCUGUCCUGGCUCCUGGCCCGAGGGCCCCUGCCCGAGCAGCUGCUGGCCCAGACCCAUGUGCAGCUGGGUGACCAGGUGCCUGUGUGUGAGUGUGAGGCCCUGGCCAGUCCUGGCCCGCCUGCACCCCACGUGGAAGUGGAGGGCCCUGUGGAUAUCCGCCAGGUGCAGUGGCUGAUGGGAAAACUGCGGCUCCGGUGGCGACAGCUGAUGUGCAGCCAGCAGGAGCAGUGUGCCCUCCUGAGCAAGAUCCACCUGUCCACUCGCGGCUGCCACAGCGACCAGAGCCUCGGCCAUCUGUCUGUUGCUGAAACAGAGAUGCUCAGGGACCCAGAGGGUGGCCACCAGCUGCUGCGGAGGCUGGAGAGUGAGAACGCACGCUUGGAGGCUGCCCUGCGCUGGCGGUGCCAGGAGCCCGUGUUCUGGCAGUGGAUGAACACAGUCCUGGAGGCCUGUGCCCUGGAGGCCACUGCUCCGGCCUCCCAGACCCCAUAUCUGCCCAGGAUCCCUGAGCGUGGGGCCAGCGAGUUGGAGCAGUUAGCCCGGGAGCUGCAGGCCCUGCUGGAGGAGCUGCGGGAGGCGGUGGAGCCCCGGAGGGCGGCCUGGGCGGCCAGGGGAGGCCAGGCCCAGGGGCCCGAGUGGAACGCCGCACAGCAGGCCUUGCAGGAGGCUGUGAGACAGGAGCUGGCGGCCCUGCAGCUGUCCUGGGAGCAAGACUGGGGCCCGGACCCGCCUCACGGGCCUCACCGGCUGGUGAGAAGCAAGGAUAGGGCACCAGCAGGACGUGGCCUGCAGGCGGCCCAGGUGAUUGGGGUGCUGAGGAGCCGGGAGGCCUUCCUGGAGGCAGCACUGCGCCGGCUACAGGGACAAUGUCAGCAGGAGCUAGUCAGGCUGGUGGGAGCCCUGCCUGGCCUCAUCUGGAUCCCGCCACCAGCACGCUGAUGGCCUGUGGGUGUGCCUGUGUGGGAGUCUGCACCAGCCUGGCCUGGCCCCAGGAACUGCUUCAGGGCGGCUGCAGGGAUGCAGUGCAGAACUCUGGGACAUGCAGUGCCCCGCAGGGACACAGCACAGGGGCUGGGGCUUCCUGACUGACCGGAGGCCAGCCUCGGCCAGUGGGCCCAGGCUGAUCCCCAAGGAGGCUGCGACAGGCCUGGGUUGGUGAGUGUGUUCUGCAUCAUGAAUAAGCUGGGGGCUCCCCUCUGCCUCCCGGGUCUGUCCAUGAUGGGGGCUCUGGGCAGACAGGACAGGCCCGUGGCACAGGAGAAGCACGUGUCCGCAGCACAGGGGAGUGUCCAGGCCUAGAGGGGCAGCCAUGGAGGCCCAGGGCACCCCAGGCCCCACCAGGCCCUAGACCAGGCUGCAAGCAGAGCACAGCCUCUGUCCUAUGUUACCACAGACGUGUGUGUUUGCAUGCAUGUGUAUGCCGUGUGUGUGCAUGUGUGAUGGGAGCCCAGGCUCUGCUGCUUCCCCAGGGCGGUGCCUGGCUGUGGGGGAGGCCACACGAGGACAGAGGGGCCUUGUUCCAGAGGCUGCUUGGCCGGCCCGGCUCAGCUUUGACAAAGAGGCUUCUAUGUGGGGCCGUGUGCGGAUCGGCUGGGCUCGCAGAGCAGCCUGUCCCCACCCCUGCACCCCUACUGGAGGGACACAGCCUCCAGCCUGGCCUCCCUCGCCUGCUCCCCUCUUUUCCCAGGGCCAUUGAGCUCUAACUGGGUGCUGGGCAGACCCCAGGCUGGGGCCACCACAGCCUCCUGCAGCUUAGGACCGAGGCCACUU